AUGUGGAAAGCUGUGGCUCUGGCUUUGUGUCUGAUUGUGGCUGAGGCUCAGCCCAUGGAGGAUCCAACAUACGGAGUGAAACUCUGCGGACGAGAGUUCAUUCGGGCAGUCAUUUUCACUUGUGGAGGCUCACGAUGGAGGCGGUCACUCAGGAGUCCAGCAGAUGUUUCGGAGGAUCCAUUCAGCUCCCAUCAAGACGAGUCUUUAGAGGGUUUUAAUUCCAAUUUGUCAGUGGAGAAUCUCCUUCAGAGAAACAAAGAUCUCAGCUUUACAACCAGAAACAACCAGGAGGGAGUGUUUAGCAGGUCUGCGCGUUCUUUCAUCACUGACGAGAUCCUCGAGGCUCUUCGCAAAGCUGACCGCAAAGGCCGGGAUGUUGUGGUUGGUCUGUCCAACGCCUGCUGCAAGUGGGGCUGCAGCAAAAGUGAGAUCAGCUCCCUGUGCUGA